GAGAAAGCAACCAGUGACCUUCACUUGUAGUACUUGUAAUUAAAGAUGGUUGCAAAGUUUGUGGUGCUUUCUCUAGCCCUUGCAGUGUGCCAAGCUGGCCCCGUGUGGGUUGAUGGCAGCGGCUAUUACCCCGGCAUGAUCCUGCGCAUCGGCCGCUCCCCGAACAUCGCGUACGCGUUUGGCAGCGGGAUGAGCACCAACAUCGGCGGCAUCAGCCACUCCACCAGCAUCGGCUCCUCGUUCCAGACCGGCGACGCCGAGGCGUACGGCGCUGGCGUCGCGGCCACCAAUGGUGGUGUCUACGCCCGCGGGGUCGGCUACACCAAUGCUGCCCCCGCAUACCCCCUCGCCUACCAGCAAUCCGCCGCCUCUGCGUACAAUGGAGGGCUCGGCCGCACCGGCUACGGCUCCGCCGUCUCCUCCGCUCAGAACUACGGCAGCAACUUCGGCUCCGCUGCUUCCUCCGCUCAGACCCACAACGGUUUCGGACUUGGAUCCGCAGUAUCUUCCGUCCAGAACGCUGGCCCUGCUCGCUACCAAUCUGCCGUCUCCUCCGCCCAGAACCUCCGUGGAGUCGGCUCUUCCGUAGCCGCCGCUAACAGCAACACUGGUCUCGGAUAUGGCUCGGCUGCGUCCAGCGCGCACAACGCUGGUGGCAACUACGGCUCCGCCUUGUCGUCGGUUCAGGCUCACAACGGCUUCAACAACUACAACGCGGCUGUGUCUGCUGCCGAGAAUGUGAACGGUUACGGCGGCAGUACCUCCCAGGUGGUGCAGCACAGAGCUGGUACUGUGCAGCACAGCGGAGCCUCAAGCGUCAACGGGCCCGGAGUGCAGGCCGCUCAGUCCCACGCUGUCAACACCGGCUUUUACUAAGUCACUCUUGAAGGCCUUCACAUCCUCCAAGAUGGUUUAAGCAGUGCCUAAGGGCAAUUUUAUUAGCACCUAUAAGAAAUGAGUGAGAUUAAUUAUAAAAGAUAUUGUGACGACUGCUAAUCACUUGUCGCAAUCUCUUUUCCUUGAAAUGUUUGUGAUGUAGAA